AUGGUGGAUGUUUUGAUGCAUGUGGGGACCACUGACUGCCUCAGGGAGAAGUUGAAUAUAUUGAUGAACACCCCUGCCAGCUGGUCGGCACACACUCCGGGACCAGACGGGAUGCCGUCUGGUCCCGGAGCUUUACUGAGCAGCUGUAACCUGUCAGAGAAAGGCUGUGAACGUUUGCUGUCAGUCGUCAGCUCCCAGUCCUGUAGUCUGAGAGAGCUGGACCUGAGUACCAACAGCCUGAAUGAUUCAGCAGUAAAGCUUCUGUCUGCUGCAGUGGAGAGUCCACAUGCCAAACUGAAUAUUCUGAGACUCAACGUUUGUGAACUCUCAGAAGAAAACUGUAAAGCUGUGUCCUCAGCUCUCAGCUCUCAGUCCUCUAGUCUGACAGAGCUGGACCUGAGUACCAAAAACCUGCAGGAUUCAGGAAUGAAGCUUCUGUCUGCUGGACUACAAAGUUUAAACUGUAAACUGAAUACUCUGAGUCUGAGUGGCUGUAACCUGUCAGAGAGAAGCUGUGAAGCUCUGUCCUCAGUCCUCGGCUCCUCCAGUCUGAGAGAGCUGGACCUGAGUAACUCUGACCUGCAGGAUUCAGGAGUGAAGCUUCUGUCUCCUGGACUAAAGAGUUCACAGUGUGCAGUGGAAACUCUCAGUCUGUCAGGCUGUCUGAUCACAGAGGAAGGCUGUAUUUCUCUGGCUUCAGCUCUGAGCUCCAACCCCUCCCAUCUGAGAGAGCUGGACCUGAGCUACAAUCAUCCAGGAGACUCAGGAACGAAGCUACUGUCGGCUGGACUGAAGGAUCCAGGCUGGAGACUGGACACUCUUAGGGUGGAGCCUGCUGGAGUCCGAUGGUUGAGACCAGGUCUGAGGAAGUAUUCCUGUCAACUCACAAUCGACACAAACACAGUGAACACAAAGCUCCAACUGUCUGACAACAACAGGAAGGUGACACGUGUGGAGGAGGUUCAGUCAUAUCCUGAUCAUCCAGACAGAUUUGAUGUUUAUGAACAGCUGCUGUGUAGAAAUGGUCUGACUGGUCACUGUUACUGGGAGGUCGAGUGGAGGGCAAGUGUUUUUAUAUCAGUGAGUUACAGAAGCAUCAGAAGGAAAGGAGACAAUACAGACUGUGGGUUUGGACACAAUGAUCAGUCCUGGAGUCUGUACUGCACUGAGAGAUUAGGUUACUCUGUCUGGCACAAUAACAGAGAAACAUCCAUCUCCUCCUCCUCCUCCUCCCCCCCCUCCUCCUCCUCCUCCUCCUCCUCUGUCUCUAACAGAGUAGCAGUCUAUGUGGACUGUCCCGCUGGCACUCUGUCCUUCUACAGAGUCUCCUCUUACACUCUGAUCCACCUCCACACCUUCAACACCACAUUCACUCAAACUCUUUAUCCUGGGUUUUGGGUGGGUUGUGGUUCUUCGGUGUCCCUGUGCUGAGUGGAGUGUAAAGAGUGUCUCCUGUUAGAGAAACACUCUGACUGUUGAACAGAUAGUUCAGUCUGUACAUGUCUGUCUCUUUCACUCACAAACACGUUUUCAGAUUCAUGGAUUCAAUCAGUUGAUGUUUGAAACUGUUCUAAAUGCUUCCUUGUAAACUUCUUCCUUUAAAGAUGGAAGCUCCCAUUAUUCCAGGAUCCACAUGUUGUUUUCUGUCUUUUUCCACUCAAAGCUUCACAAUGAAUA